UCAGCAGUCGGUCGAUAAAACGGGUCUGGUCCAAUGUUGCCGGAGGAAAACCGAGGAAAACCUAUUGUGAUUAGUGUACUUUGCAUGGUUCCUUCUGCCGGAGUCACUGAUUCCUUUUUCAAUAUUGUUGUGUCAUGCGAGAAAUAAUGCGGAACGUGAGAGAGUUGUGUCGCAUUCGUUUUGAGGACUAGCAGAAGAUCCUGAGCUCACAUUUAACGGUGUUUGGAGCAUUGUUUCGUGGGAAAAUCGAGAAAUGCCGCUGCAUCACUUUCAUAUUCGAUUGUAGGAUCUGAAAUAACAGCCGGAAUAAGAGUGGAAAGGAAUCAAAAUAUUGAUUUGGUCCGUAUGUGUUGCUUAUAAAGCAGAAAUUUUAUGCGCUUCAUAGAUUGAAGAACGGUUGAGAAAAGCUGAACACAAGUUCGUAUGAGAGAACAAAAAAUCUGUUGUGGUGAGUGGGAAGCUCAUCAUUUUUGUCCCACGUGAAGCUAAGCAGACCUAAUCAGCUGUCAGUUUGGAAGACGAUUUUCUCCAGCAUCCAAUCCGCGCAGUUGCUUCUGUUUCGGUGUUAGUAAAACGAGUGCUUUUCCUCGUCAGUUGUACCGCUGCUGUUGCUGUAUUGGUGGUGGUCGUGAAUUUAUUAUAUACGGGCAGAAAAAAAAAAUCCCAAACAUAAAGCAAAGUAACAGUCGAAAACGAGACCAAAAGCGUGAUUCCAGCUCCUGGUUUGUGAUAUUCCGUGUGGGGAUACGCUUUCCACCUGGUCUCCUGCAUUGCGUGCGGUUGGUAUAUCGUUGGUAAUGUAUGUCGCGUCGUGAGAUGUGAAGAUUGUGUUUUCCGGCCUUGGUGCCAGGGAAGUCUCGCUUCUGGCUAGGGGAAGAAAGUUAAGUGAUUUUCCGUGCCAAGAAGCAAUUGUGGGGUCGAUCCGGGCAAGGGUUCAGUGUGACUGUGCGGUCAACGAUACGAGCCUUCGGGUUUUAUCUGUUUCGGCGAACUCGGUGUGCGACUGUUUAAUGUGAGAUUUAACGAGCGUAAUCUGAUUUAUCUGGCCCCAGGAGUACUCAAUCACGGUGCACACUCACACAUCCACCCAACCAUCCAUUUAGUGAAAUCAUCCUAAAAAUGGUAGAACCAUGGUGCCGAUGAGGAACAGCACAUGAGAAUUCCACAACCCCCCGAACAGCCCAGAAUUGUUGUAUAAUCAAAUUUCGUCCGUUCGAUUUUGGCACGCGUUGGACAUUUGUACGUGUGCACUUUGCUGGCAGUGGCAGCGAAAGCGGAAGCCAGGAGAUUGCCUUCAAAGAGCUGCCACCCGUUCAGCAGAACGCUCCUGGAUCGGUUACAAGAAGGCGAAAGAAACAAACAGCAAAAAAAAACAAACCGGACAUCCGUUUGAAUAUCUUAUCACAACAGAAUUGGUCAUCGAUGGCGUUUGUCUAGCGUGUGGUCUGCCUUGGGGGCUCAGUAGCCGGUCCGCCGAUCGGAAUGCAAACAAUAUCGUGUCAAUAGUCCGACACAUUGGUCGGUGUACCGUCAGGGGAGUUGUCAGUGGGCAGAACACCCUAGGGAUUUCCCGAAAAGACAGUUGUCCACCCACUGAGGAAUCGUUUGAGUGGCCAACUGUAUUCGUUGCUUUGUUGUUUUAUUUUUUUUUGCCGUUGUUGAGAUUCCGGAAGUGAAGUGCUUUUCUUGCUGCGUAAAACGAGAGUGUUUCCUUUGUUGUAAGAAAAUGUGAAUAAAUGGCAAACAUAUCUCGUGGUGCAGAUUGAUCUGAUUUGUGUGAUAGUGAGAAGAAAAUUGAAUGCUCUGAAGGAAAAGCAGAGGCAGUAAAAGUAGAAACAGGAGAAAGGAAUUUUUAUAUUCCCACCCCGAGGAAGUUUAUUGCUCGCUUUGUCAAGAGAAGUACAAUUCAAUAAGCACUGUUGACAAAAUGACGGAGGCGGACAACUAUGAUGACGAGCUGGUCUCGGCAAACCCAAAUCAACGCAAUUGGCGCGGCAUUUUGAUAGCCCUGCUUGUGAUAAUCAUCGUCCUAGCACUGAUUGUGACAUCUGUGGUACUGCUCACACCGCCAGACGAAGGGCCUCGAGUGAAAGGCCAACGUAUUAAACUGCAAGAUAUCAUCGACGGUGAAUACGCUCCCCAGAAGCUCAAUGGAAGCUGGAUAGGACCGAACGAGUUCCUGUAUCAGAACCACUGGGGAGAAAUCAGUUUGCUCAACAUGAACAAUCUCUCGGAGCGAAUUUUGAUGUCAAAUACGACGCUGAAAACGCUCGCUCCAGCCAAAUUCUCCAUCUCGGCAGACCGGAAGUUUCUGCUGCUGGCGCAGAACGUGAAGAAACUUUUCCGCCAUUCCUUUCUUGCUCAAUACAGCGUUUACGAUAUCACAACCAGCGAAACGAUCCAGCUUACGACGAAAGCAGAGGACGACGAGUGGCCAUUCCUGCUGCAUGCCGAGUUCACCCCGAAGGGUCAGUCGAUAGUGCUGGUUUACACGUACGACAUCUACUAUAAGCCUACGGCGCGAGCCACACAGUCCUAUCGCCUCACAAAAACCGCCAUUCCGGGCGUCAUCUACAAUGGCGUCCCAGAUUGGCUUUAUGAAGAGGAAAUCCUGCAGAGCAACAAGGCGAUAUGGCUGUCCAACGAUGGCCACUUGAUGCUGUACACUACUUUUAACGAUUCGCUAGUGCAGGAACAACAGUUCUCCUGGUACGGAAUGGCCGAAGGAGACAUCACCCUGUAUCCGGAGAUUCGCUCGUUGAGGUAUCCAAAGCCAGGCACCAGGAAUCCGACCGUCACACUAAAGAUUGCGGAUUUAGCAGAUCCCAAGAGCAUACGAACCAGAGAACUUACCCCACCGCCGAUUCUCCUAAAUCAGGAACAUUAUUUUACCAGCGCAGCAUGGGUAUCGCAAACGGAGGUCAGUGUCGUCUGGAUGAAUCGUCCCCAGAAUCUGUCGGUCGUGACGUUGUGCAAAAGUCCGAUGUGGUACUGUCAAGAGACUCAUCGGAUCAGUGGCGAUGGAAGAGGAUGGGUUGAUGAGAUGUCGGUUCCGUUCUUCAGCCAGAAUGGAAGCUCAUAUAUCGCGAUUUCACCGUUGCGCGAUGGAGCCGCAGGACACUUCCGACAUCUCGUACAUGUGCACAUCGGCAAAAAGCGUAUCAUCCCAUUGACGCAUGGUCGCUUCGAGGUGAACAAAAUUCUCCACUGGGACCAGGCGAACAAUUUCGUAUAUUAUUUGGGUGUCCCAGAGCACUCGCCUGGCCAGCAGCACCUGUACCGAGCUUCGUCACUGCCUCCGAAACAGGGCACUCCGCCACGCGCCCCUAGAUGUCUAACCUGUUCCCACCACCACAGUGGCCACGCUCAUGUGGCCAAGACCUCCAAUCGGAUGCAGCAACAAUGGAACGAUGAUUGGUUGGAUGAAGCCGAAGAAGAGCAAGAUGAGGAAUACAUUGAAAUCCCUCCGACGACAGCUUCUCCGAAAAAGAAGCGAAAAACAGAAGAGCCAGCUCCCCCACCGACUCCUUGCCAAUUCUUUACAGCCACCUUCGCGCCCAACAGCAACGAGUUCGCUUUGAUAGAGUGCCUCGGUCCGGUGGUACCGUACAGUGCAAUCUUUCGGAUAAUUACGGACCCAGCCAAGAGUCCUACUCAUGUGUUGUUUUAUUUACAAAAUAAUACUGCACUGGCGGAGCGGAUAUCAAAAGUGGCACUGCCACAAAUCAAGUCAUUCCCAGUCAUGAUCUCCGGUGGGUACCAUGCCCAGGUUAGAUUAUUUUUGCCACCCGGACUGCGGGAAGAUGAAAUAACCCGGUAUCCAAUGAUUGUGCAUGUCUAUUCCGGACCCGGGACACAACUGGUAACGGACAAGUGGCGCAUCGACUGGAACACAUAUCUAGCUGGCACCAAGGAUUACAUUGUGACACAAAUUGACGGACGUGGUUCCAGUGGCCAGGGUUAUCAGCUGUUACACGAAGUAUAUCGCCGCCUUGGCACUGUGGAAGUAUCAGAUCAGCUGGAGGUUGCAGAAUAUCUGCGAGAUAGUUUGCACUUUGUCGACAAACGUAGAGUCGGCAUUUGGGGUUGGAGUUACGGUGGCUACACGGCCGCGCUGGCAAUGGCCAGUCCAACGACACUGUUCCAGUGUGGCAUUAGUGUAGCGCCCGUUACCAACUGGAAGCUUUAUGAUUCAACAUAUACGGAACGUUACAUGGGUCUGCCGAACGUAACCGACAACUACAAAGGGUACGAGGAUAGCGAUUUAUCAAAACACGCUGAAAAGCUGCGUGAUAAGCAGUUCCUUAUGGUUCACGGUACCGCAGACGAUAAUGUGCACUUCCAGCAGAGCAUGGUGUUCUCGAAGACACUCUCGGCGAAAGGAGCCCUCUACAAGCAGCUGAUAUAUCCAGACGAGGGUCAUAAUCUGGGUGGGGUUAAACGGCAUCUCUACCGGUCGAUGACGAUAUUCUUCGAGGACUGCUUCCGGAAGCUGGUGCCCCAGGAUGUGAAAGCAGGUCUUGGCAACGGGGGUUCGAGCGAUUAAUAUUUGCUCGAUUACUUUGGUACCACUGACUCUGCGUCAAGUUUCAUGUAAAAGUUUCUUCCUACAUUUCCAUCGCGUAGUGACUAACAACAUCCAGUUAAGGCACGGCUCCACUAGCUCUAUAUAUCCCACUGUCUCACCCGAUCUUAUCGAGACCACGCUCCACAGCAGUCGUAGAUAAUUGGAGCCGUGCGGUAGUGUUUUUCCAGUGUUCUUCAAUGACAGAACACUCGUCACUCAUAAAGUAGCAACAACAACAGCAGCAACAGCAGUAGCAACAGGCCUUAUCUGGAGAAAUAAGGCCAAACAUCAGCGAAACAUUCAGUAGGAAAACUUUAGAUGUAAACUUGUAGCCGAUUUGAUCCAAUCAAAACCAGUCGCGUAGUGUUACCGAAAGUAAAAGAGAGCUUUCAAUUAAAUUUAAGCUAAUUAGUAAGCAGCAUGCCAACGAAAGGAAAAUCAAGAACAAAACAUGGUUGUGACAAUUUCAAAUAGGAUGAGCGCCGGCCGGAGUCAAAUUGUCCGCCGAUGCUCAUUGCAUGUAAUUAUCCGCCGAGAAGGAUCCGGGAUCCGACAUUCGCCCGGAGAAUUUGUUCAAUUUAAAUUGUAUAGAUUAAUUAAUUAGCAUAACGGCGCAGUUGUGUGCUUGACGGUGGUUGAAUGUAGGAAUGCGAGAUUCAAAAAAUAUAUCAGGCGUGCAGUUGUGUAUGGAAUGAUUAUGGUAUUUGUGCGAUAGUCACAGAAAUUCGCGCAAGUUUCACUUUACGUACAUUAAUUAUCCACUAGAUGGAGAUUGAUUUCCAAGCCGGAUUACGGGGAGCACUACACACCGAUUCAAACUCCGUCAAACACCAGCGACUGAAUGCUAUUUGAAAUCAAAUCAUUCGUCACUCAUAGUAUUUGGAACGAUUCCUAAUUAAUGUAAUAUCGGUUGAAGAAGGCACAAUCCUAUCCUUUCAUUCCAUUCCUCGAAACUCUUUAUCUUAAAAACACUCCCCAUGUUUUGCUUUUUACUGUAAAUAGCAAUGUGAUAUAGAUUAUUAUGCACAGAGCCAAGCAAAAGUGGGCCAAAGUGGAAACAAUGGAACCGAGAGCAUUAGAAUAGCAUAUCGAUAGCAGCGCCCCCUUUUUCAUGCUCGCCCCACUGUUAUCAUCCGAAAGUAAAAAUCAAUAGCGAUAUACUUAAUUUAAUAAUGUAAGCGACACCAGACCCGGAACGAUCUCAGUCACAAGCAAUUCGUCCCGAGACGGAGAACGAUGAAAAGCAUGUUAAUUUAUCGAAGUGAAUCAAAAAAGAAACUCGAACUGAGUUCAAGCGAUUAAAGAUAUGGAUCUACUAGAUGAAAGCGAAGAAAAAGGCGAACUAAGACAAUAUUCUUUCUACUCUGUAAGCUCUAACAUAUAAGUGUGACCCAUCCAACCCACGGUGCGUUGAAAUACUUCGAUAUAGUUUAUCGUAACGAUUAAUCUGUUCUCUAUCGGCUACAUUGUCACUAUUGAGGACAGGGAAAGUCUGCAAAAAAGGAUAGGGACUCUCACCCUGGGACUCACAUUGAACUACAAUGCUUUUCCAUAACAUUGCAUCCACACUGCGUUCACUUAUCAAUUCAUCGUAAUGAACAUUGUACGAGGAUGGAGUAAAUAUGUCUCUAAAACGAAUUAUAAUACCUAUUAAUAUUAUCUAAAUUGAUCAAGAAUGAACGUAGCUAUUAGAUUGGAUUUUCAAUUAUUUGAACGAAGCUUCCCCAAUCCUGGCUUUUUCAGUAAACAAACAACCAGAAACGAAGUCCAGUUAUCGACAUUCGCUUUUUAACUAGACCGGCAUAUGAAACGUCAAAUAAAAUCGAGGGGAACUUCAAUGAAUUAUUUGAUUUGCGUUGAUCGUGAAAUUGGAUAAGCAAUAGGUUUCCACUGCAAGUAUUGCAUUAAGUGCGACAACAGGUUCACUCUGUCCAACUUCUAUAAGACCACCCUGAUUUAUUCCGUUGCAACACAAACAGUUAGAAUUUCAACAAGAUACAUUCAUGCAUUGUUGAAUGCUUAGAAUAAAGUAUAUUUAACGUUAAUUUCGUUCAAAAGAGUUGUUUGUUUAUUUAUUAUGCUUAAAUAUGAUAAGUUCAGCUGUCCAGUCUCUAUAAGACCAUUUCAAAAUUCAUUGACGCCAUUUUCAAUUUGAAGAUUUGCUGUGAGGGGCAUUCAAAUAUAAUUUUAGAUGUUAUAAAAGUUCACAUAAUUUUCGCAUGACAAAAACAUUGAUUAACUUACAGAAAAAUAAUUUCCCCACAUUUUAUAUCACACACUCUGUCCAACUUCUAUAAGACCAGGUGAUGAUCUUGCUGCUUUGUGUCAUUGUAAACAAACAAUGCCUCAAUUUAUUUUCUAGUUUGUAGGUAUUGGUGACGUAUUGGUAUUGGUGAUUACCAUAAACUGCAUGAUUUUCAUAUGUGUGUGUGCAAGCGCUGAGCGUAAAUGAUUUAUUUAAGUGUUAUCAAUGAAAAAUUCAAAACGAUCGGCUAAUUUUAGCCAUCUCGGCUAAUAACCUUGAAAAUUAGUGUUGGAAUACUAUUUACCCAAUCCUGCUGAACGGAUUUCUCGAUAUUUUUCCAUGUUUCCAAAAUUGCGACCUUGAGCUCUUCGAUCGUGGUGUACCGCUUUCCCUCAGUGUAGAUUCUGCGUAAAAGGAUUCCCCUAAGAUUUUCAACAGGAUUCAAGAGUGAAGAGCGAGCCGGCCAGACCAAAAAAAUAAGUUUUUGGACCUUAAUCCAUUGCUUAGUUUCCUCGCUGGAAUGAAUAGUAGCAUUGUUUUGCUGGAAUGUGAUGUUUUUGUGACGAUAUCCACGCAAAAACGGUAGGAGAGAGGAUCCCAGAACAUGUAUGUAGUCCUUGAAUGAUGUGAAAGCUAUCUUGAGCUUUCCGGUUGCACCGAAUCCCGCCUAAACCAUGCACGAGGCUCCACCGAAAUUCCUGGUUGAAAAAUACUGUUCCUUCUUCCGUAAACCCGUUGGAACCAUCAGGUGGAUAAUCCUGGAACUUUUUUCGUCAGUGAAGAUAACCUAUACAUUGAAGAACUUUUCGUUAUGGUAUAUAGCAAAAUGUAUUCUUUUGGAAACAUUCUUUAUCACAACAUACCAUGUCCCACAGUCGGUUCAUGUGAGCUUUGGCAAAACUCAGACAUCUUCCGAUGUGAGAUGGUGUUAGAGAAGGAGCUUUAACCUUUUAAGCCCUCUUUAUGUGAGGGCUUUUUACCGAAACUUGACGAAUUGUCAUCCGAGAAACAUUUAAUUUCACAUAUUGCUUUAUUUGCAUAAGUGAUUUUGAGGUAUUUGAAGCUGUUCUAACUAUUUCCCGCUUAGCCCGGUCAGAGAGUUUCUAUUACGUGGAGUUCUCUCCUUCUUACCGUAUCCUUGAGAAUUCGCCAAAUAAUUGAGCACUACUUGAUGGGAUCGUUCAAUCCGACGAGAAAUUUCUCUGAUACCAUCAUUUUCUUGGUGAAAUGCAUCUAUUUGUCUUUCUUCUCUCUUCGUGAGCAUUUUUCCCUUCGGCAUUUUCCAGAUCUGAUUGAUCAAAACAACUAAAACAACGGGAAAUGCAACUGGUCUUAUAGAAACUUGACAAUUGAAAAAUACAAAAAUAAAUCGUUUACGCUCAGCGCUUGCACACACACAUAUGAAAAUCAUGCAGUUUAUGGUAGUCACCAAUACCUACAAACUAGAAAAUAAAUUGAGGCAUUGUUUGUUUACAAUGACACAAAGCAGCAAGAUCAUCACCUGGUCUUAUAGAAGUUGGACAGAGUGUGUGAUAUAAAAUGUGGGGAAAUUAUUUUUCUGUAAGUUAAUCAAUGUUUUUGUCAUGCGAAAAUUAUGUGAACUUUUAUAACAUCUCAAAUUAUAUUUGAAUGCCCCUCACAGCAAAUCUUCAAAUUGAAAAUGGCGUCAAUUGUUUUCGAAAUUCUACUUCGCCCAGUUGAAAAACAGUCCAGUUAAACCAGGUUCAGUUAUCGAAUGAUUACUGUACUAAUACAUUGUUGUAAAUCAUUCUUAUUUAAAUAAGAGGCGGAAGAACUUUCAAGUUUCACCUUUCAACCUCUACAAAAAAAAACAACUAAACAACUCACAUGAAAUGUAAAACUUUAAUUCAACCCAAGUAACCAUCCACGUCGUCUUCUAGAACACAGCAUUCUAGAGCCGUAGAUGCUUAUUGUCAGGUAUACAGCAUAUAAUUGCUUACCAGAUUUCAGUUAAAAGGCGAGAUUAGUUAUGAACAGAACAAUCACAGCGGACCGAGAACGCUACCCGGCGGUACUCCGGAUGAAAUACAAUAUGUACGGGAACGGGUACUCCAAACCUUAACGAGAGCUUUCCGAUCGAUUAAGUAGGAUCUGAGCCACUCGAUAAUCCAGUCAUGGAUCGGCUUCCGCAAUAGUUAGUUCAUGAGGUAUUUUGUCGAAGGCAUUUGACAGGACGCUUGUGUAUCUCGACGUGUUAUAAACAAUAGAUAUCUUCUUUACGAAUCCAUGUAAAUCCAUGCAUCGAAACAUUUUUCCAGAUUCCUCAUGUAGGAUCACAAGAAUGUCGGCUCGCAUUGGCAACGCAGCUUAAUAUCAAAACCCCUCGACGGUUUUCAAUUGCUUUAGCGCUACCGGACUUGUGAAUCGGAGUUAUCUUCUUCCAUAUUUCAGGAAAGGUGAGUGGCUGUAAAUAUGGCUGAACAGGGUCUUCAAAAUAUCCGCAUAGUCUUAAGGGGUAGUCUUAAGGGCUAUGCGGAUAUUUUGAAUGACGGAGGGUGACGAUCUGCAUCUUUCGUAGUAUCAAAUUUUCUUAAGACCGUAGCAACAUCGUUUUCAGUUAUUGUCAACGGUGGGAGACGUACGCCGAAUGACGAAAUAUUAUGGUGCACGCUGCUGAAGAAAUCUUCAAAUAACUCGACAGAGCUUGCUGGCACGCCUGCGUUUGUAUUUUUUUUUUUUUUUUAUUAUCUGUAUUAUAGUGACUUUCAACUCAUUCGGCUGGUUCGUCACUUUUACUUCCAUUUUUGGAAGAAUGUCGGGAGUGAGAAUUGAACUCGUGACCUUUAGCGUGAGAGGCAUGGAUGUUACCACUACGCCAGAUCGCCUCCACACCUGCGUUUGUACGGGCAUACGACAUUUUAUCAGGAAUCCGUUUUUUUUCAGAUCCCUAAUGUAGGACACGAAGGAUGUCGGCUCGCAUUUCAGAUUUGUUGUUGCUUGGCACUCACUGUAUUGCGCUUUGAAAAACUAGAGUUUUUCUCGAUUUUCACGAGAUUUAUUAGAAACCCGUUUUCAACCUUCAAGGCUACUAUAGACCCAUUCCAUGAGGUUAUGCACCAAAGAACCAAAUUUCAAAUCUAGUUUCAGGAGAAAAGUGAAAACAUUAUUUGAAUAAACACUAGUUUUAUCAAUAAUUCUUUAAACCAACCUUUGAGAGGGACGAGUUUGAAAAACCUACAUAAUUAUAUUUAAAAUAUUUCAGGUUUUCAUUUUUUUAUGAUGCUUGAGAUAUAUCUGCACUUGCUUAGCCAAACUUCAAUGUCUAUAUACCAUUGAAUGGACAAUUAAAUACUUGUUUGUAGAGUCGCGGGUAGAUCAAUGUUUUAUUUUGUAAUUUGUGAGAAACAAAGAUUUGAAAAACAGGUAUUUUGAAGCGUUGUCACGUCACAAAAAUAGAGCAUUUUUUGACGUGGGACUACGUCUAACCGGAAUAUAUGGGGGGUAAAAUGAAAAGCUAAACACAGAACAUGCAGGAAAAAAUGAAAGAUUCCAAAUGCUUAUAACUCGAACAUUUCUUACUGGAUCGGAAAGAUGUUUGCAUCAAUUGAUACGGAAUAUUUCUACGCUUCUAUCGCAAUAAUAAAAUGUCAUUUUUCAUUAGAUAAACAAUUGAAUAACUGUGAAAUAUCAUGCGUUAUCUAAACGCCCUAACUGCUUAGUUUUGAUUGGCCCGAUUUACGGUUUCGCGAACACAGACUUCGAAAUCAAUGUACUUGUGGGAAUCCGCUUAGCAAAUAUACCUGCAAGUAGGGGGUAUUUUUGUUACAACCGAGUUGUAUUUCCCUAACACGGACUUCUAAAUCAAUGUGCCUGGGGGAAUCCGCUCUGCAAAUACAUGCAAGUCGGGAGCAUUUUUAUUCCCACUGAAAUGUAUUUCCCUAACACAGACCUCAAAUCCAUGGAGCGUGGGGAAAUUGGUAUUGCAAAUACAUGCAAGUCGGGGGCAUUUUUGUUCCGGCUGAAAUGUGUUUCCCCAACACAAACUUCAGAACCAAGGUGUCUGGGGAAAUUGGCUUUGCAAAUUCAUGCAGGUCGGGUGUAUUUUUCUUCCGACUGAAAUAUGUUUCUCUAACACAGACUGCAAAUCCAAGGAGCGUGGGGAAAUUGUCAUUGAAAAUACACGCAAUUCGGGGGCAUUCCGGCUGAAAUGUGUUUACCUAUUACAGACUUCUAAACCAAGAAGUAUGUAAUACCAAAUGUUAAAAGACUGUCAUUAAAUUUACUUGUAACGAAGAACAUAAUCUAUCCAAAAGCAUUAAUUGACCUCACAUGGAAUUAUACAAUCUUUUUACUCACAAAGCAAAUAUAUUGAAUUCAAUUGAAUUCGGAAGUUGUUACAUUCAAUCAAAAAAUAAAUCAAUACAAAUAAAUGAUUGCCAAGCUAAGGUAGUUCCACGUCAACCCUGCGGUUAUUAUCAUAGAUAUAACCCACCCAUUUUUUUUAGUUUAUCAGAGUAACCUAAGUUCUAUUGGGUGUUUCCAAUUGAGUUUCUCUGAGCAAACAAUGAGGGUUAACAACCCACAAAAUUUGGUUGAGAUCGGUCCACAAAUAGAGGAGUAUCAACUGUCUCAAGAAGUUGUUGUCACGUUACGCAAAGUAUACGAUUCAUUCCAGCGUGACGUGGUAAUAUUUUGACUCAACAAAAACUUUUUUUUUUACGUUUUCAUGUAUGAAACAAAAUUAAACUGUGUUUUUGUGAAAUUGAGAAGAUUUGCUACGAGAAUCGUUAGUUGGAGAAUAUUUUAUAGAUAGGUUGGCUUGUUGUCUGUCAAAUACAUUUGUGACGAGUCAGCACCUGUCUUUCUACUGUUUCGAAUUGUUGAGCAUGAAUGUUGUAUUUUCAGUUCCGUUUCAAAACAUACAAAUGAACUUUUUUCUAUGUUUUGUCAACAAUAGAAGAACGUAGAUUCCUGAAUUUAGAAUAGAUUCUUGUUUCUACUUCCGGUUUGCUGAUAAUAGUAUUGAAUGACAAAAAAUAUGGAAACCCCAUACGAUUUGGGUGUUGGUAGCAGGUAUCUUCCCAGCGGAAGUCGAAUAUUCCGAUGUAAUUUUAAAAUCUGGGAUGGUAAUUUCCGGUUCGUUUAAAACGGGUCUAAAAGACCGGAAAUGGCAUAAAAUUCCACAACACGAUCGUGAAUGAAAGCGCUAGCCAUCGGUACGCGAAGAAGAAUGAAAAAAGAGAAUCAAGUUUGACAGCGAGCAGAUAGGAUUCAAGCGAGAGGGAGAUAAAGUUAGAGUGGGAAGAACUUAGCGCUAUAGCGACGCGUGUGGAGUCAAACAAAAAAAGUGCACAAAGAAUUGCACACGCAAACGUCAACUGUCAACGAUCAAAGUCAACGUCAAAGUCAUCUUCAACAACCAAACAAAAACGCCCUUGCACAGGUACGCGCAAAUGCACACAGACGCAUACAAAGAGUUUAUCAAAAGUUUCUGAUGGCAAAAUCAAAUGCGUUCUCCCUGUAGUGAGCGCCACUCGAUGAACCAGGAUUGUGCUAGCCCUUGAUGGCAAGCGCCAGAGUGAACGUGUUGAACAAUCACGAUGUAAAAACUGGAGGUCGGUUUAGAACCACUCAGACUUUUCCCAAAUAACGGCAUACCGUGUAUUACAGGUAACAGAUAGAUUCAAUUUAUAUAACUUAUUUUGAUGAACAUAAUAUAAGCAAUUAAAAUUGCCUUGUUUCGCAAUGUUUCACAAUCUAAAAGAACAAAAGAACUACUGAAAAUUAAGCAGAAAAUACCUUUCCUGAGAUACAAAGGCGGGUAGGUUCAAGAUCACCGGUCACGUUAGGACUAAUUUCCCCUAUAGGAUGGACCUUUGGAAGGAGAAGGGGAGAUCUCAAAGGAAAGUGAGAAGUAUUCAGAGUAAUAAAAAACAUAAAAAAUAGCAUAUAUCGUCUUUGGUAUCGAUUUAUUCAGUAAAUCGAUCCUUACGUCGUUUGGAAAAUCGAUUCGACAAGAUCGAUCCUUUUAUAUAGAUCGCUCAAUUAUGAACCAUACACAUCAUCUCUUUUUCUCGAUACCGUGGAUCACCGCGGCACAGACAAGUACAAAGCGAUGAAUGAUACAUAAAGCAUUACAAACGUCAUCAUUCGACACUUGCGAGUAGAAAAUGAGGAAAGAUGUUAACCUUUAACGAACGAGCGAAUUUUUCUAGAACGAUGACCAGUUGGUCGACGGAUUUUAAAGAAAUUAUGUGCUUUAUUUCCAGAGAGAGAGAAAAGGUGCAUAAUUAAUAUCGCUUUAUUGGGUUCUACGCAUGUAGGGUAACACGGGGUGAUUUGGUCAUAUGGGGUGAUUUAGACCACCCCUUUAUCUCAAAAAUUACGACUCAACUUGGAUUUUCUAUAAUGUCAUUUCCUUCUAUUGUUGAACCGUAUGUACCUAAAGUGAAAAAACUUUGGUAAAACUUCACAAGUAUAGGGAAACGGUAGCAUAAAUACAUCAAGUACUUUGAGCGUCAAAAAAUGUGAGUUUUCCGAUCGUGGUUUUAUGGUUUUUCCCGCUGAUUAAACAAACUUUUCGUGUAUUGUGCAGUACAGUUCUGUUCACCUACAGAAGAGAAACAAUUUCAUUUAGCGAAACUGUAAGUUUGAUAACAAUAAAUGAAAUUAAUUGCAUUUUAAUUUUUGCGUGUUUUGUGGUGUGACAUGGACACGUUUCUGUGGGGUGAAUUGUUCCUACAGGUUUGAGACUUUUCUUUGAUCUAAUUGAUUCCAGAUGCCGCUGAAUUACAAGAAGAGGAUGGACAGACAACGUUGGAAGAAGGAAGAGCUUGAAAGAGCAACGCAGGCCAUCGAGAAUAGAUUUUCUUUGACCAAGCAUCAAAAGUGCUUGAAAAUGCUCGACCAACAGUGAAAAGAUUCAUGCGAAAUUCGAGAUGGUGUCAAUCCAACUUUUCUGGUCUGGAAUCUGGCUAAGACACCUGGUAUCGAUCCCAAAACAUUGUUACUGAUUGUAACAUUAUCCCAAAACACUUUACAUAAACAUACGUAUGUUUAUUUAGACCGUAUUGGUAUGUAACAUUUUUUAUUUAGACCGUAUUGGUUUGGAAAUAUUAGGCGAUUUGUUUAGGUGGUCCAAAUUCCCCCCUUUUCCCCUACGCAUGACUCCGUUUCUCUUUCUUCUACGAGAUAGUGCUCCGAAAAUGACGAUAACAAACUUUAUUGACCGUAUACAAAAUUAUGUAUUGCUCGGAAAGGAAUGCUCCAGAUCACGUAGCAUGCAUAAAAAAAGGCAUAACCUAACAGAAUUCCUGAAAUAUAACGGAAUGCCGCAUAUAUGGCGGCAUUCGAUUUUUUUUUUAAUGUUUGCAAUGCCGCGAGUAUGGCGGCAUACGUUCGCUAAGGGUUAAUAGCUUAAGAUGCAUAAAAAAAUGCGUAAAGGUUUGGUCGACCAAAUCUUGAGCUCGAUCGGAUCUUGUUAAAGGAUCGUAUCUUAAUUUUCAAACUGACUGGGUAAUCAGUGGAACACAGGUUUUCAUGCAAGAGACCGCCGCUUCCGACGGCGGGUCGGCGGUCGUUUCGGUUAUUCUCGUUAAAUGGGGUCUUCGCCCCAUUACAUUAACCUUAGAAUAAAUUUCGAAAAUUAAUAUCGAAAAAAAUAAUUUACAAUAGAAAUUACAUUUUUUUUCUGUAAGGAAUUUAUACCCAUGAUGCUUCUCCGCGCCACAAUAUUUCUAGCCUUCUUGUGACAUAACAAUUUUUCUGUGCAGUUGUUUCUGUCGCAGUUCUUUUCUGGUGCGUUUUUUCUGUCACCCAUACGUUCGUAUUUGGCAGUUCGUUUAGACUCGUUUAUAUCCUAUGUUUUCCUCGAAGUUUUAGCAUUUUUACAUAAUAAGGUUAUUCAAGUACCAACGUGAUCAAAUGCACCGUAUUAAACGUGUAAAUUUCCAUUAUACAAGUCGACACAAGUGUAAACUUACAUUAUGUUAAGUGACAUGGUAUUUCUCGUUUUAACGAACAUGCGUCGUAGCACGGGCUCCCAUGAAGGUAUUAGAUCAUGAACCUCCUGGUUACCAAUGAUAGAUGUCAAGACAGGGUUUGAAAGAGUAUUCGGUAGGCGAUGUAGAUAAGCCUAAUAUACCGAAAGUUGUAGCAUUCCAAAUUGUGGCCCUUUUUGUAGAUGGGCCAGACGAUUCCCUCCAUCCGCCCGUUCAUUAGUUUUUCUCCCUACCAGAAGAGUUUUCCUCUCCCAUGUUUGUAAAGCUCGUCCGGUAGUCCGUCCAUGCCAACGACUUUGUUGCUCUCCCGCUGGAUUCCAUGGAGGACGGAAUUUUCCGUAGGCGCACAUAGUUCAGCUCCAUUUCUGCAGAUUGACUCAUCAUUCACUGAUUGCUUCAUCAUUCAGAUUCUCUGCUGGAGAUGGUGAUGCACCUUACUCUUCUGUUGUGGGUACCGUCACUUCGAGUCGCUACGCGUUGUUCUCUGCAGCUCAAAAGUUCCAUUGCUGCUUGAUAUUGAGCCGCGGGAUUAGGCUCAAUCGCAUCUGAGGCACAGUCGACAGUUUUCAGUACAUGCAUACUGAGUAAUGGUCCGUAUCGAUACCCACACCUUGGUAGAUGCUUUGAUGUUGUCUUAGGAAAAACGUCCGUCGAUGAAAACACCGUUCGUUGCUCAGGUGUUCUCCAUAGGGGUUCCAUUGGUUCGUCUUGGUUUGCGGACUAUCCUGUUCGAUCACGGAUUGGGGUCCAUAUCUUUCCUUCCGAUCUCUACGAGGAUAGCUGUCGUAACUAUCUUCUAGCUACGCGUAGAACGCUUCCUUUUCGACAAAGCUCCUGCAGCGCAACGAAGCGUGGCCAGCAGGCAAACUGAUCCAGAAGGCUCCUGUCCAAGCAUGGAAAAAAAGUCACAAGAGGGUUGUGUCCGAGACACGACCGCAUUGUUGACGUAGGAUUGCGUUAGGCUAUCUGUUGAGUUUGGAUAUUUGUGAAGAAUUACUUCGUUUAAAUCAUUAUGUCUCUGAAAAGGGCCGUGUUUUUCGGUUGUUUGUUCACUCCACCAGUAUUUACCGAGUGAUGAUGGCAGAAGGAUGCUAAACAGUCGUUGAAUGGUGCGUAUCAGAUAAAAGGUGUCGAAGUGGAAUGAGAUAUGAUGAAAACCAUCCUCUGUGACCCUAAACGAGAUGCCUCCUGUGUUAUGUAUGGAUGAAAUAACCAAAAAAAUUCCCCAAUGUAAUAUGAGAUAAUUACCAAUACCGAACACAAUUAUCGAUUUUACUCAUCAGUAAAAACAUGUUACUUUAAUGUAGAGAAAACAUAUUUGAAAUGGAAACAUAUUUAAUUUGUAAUUUUCUUUUAUAAUUUUUAUUUUCUGAGUGUUUAUUCAACCCAAUACGGAUUUUAAUUGAACUAACAACACCUAAUACUAUAUGUAAAGCAUAUGAGAAAUCACUUUUUCACUUUUCCAAUUUUUCUCGCCGUAUAGACUUUCCCUAUGUGAAAAUGAACACAACAACACAGACAGCUUAAACCUAACGACCCGUUUCCGAGCGGGAACACACCUUGGUUUUUAUUUAUGAAAAUUGAAACAAAUAUAUAUCAAGUCAUUUUUAACACAAUUGCUACCGUAUACAAUUUUGCACUUACACUUGUGCUAGAAGUUUUACAAUGCGUGAUCGGUCAUUGAUAUCAAAUUUCACGAAGCAACCAACAUAAAAGUUCCAAAUUUAAAUUUUAUUUGCUAGAAUUAAUCGUAUCACUCACCUUACUUGCAAUAUAAAAAUGCCCCCGACUUGCAUAUAUAAUUGCAAUGUCGAUUUCCCCUAGGUAGCUUGGUUUAGAUGUCUCUGUUAGGGAACACAUAUCGGUAGGAACAAAAGAUCCCCCUACUUUCAUAUAUUUGCAAUGCCGAUUUCCCCCGGGCAUCUUGGUUUUGAUGUCUCUGUUAGGGAACACAUUUCGGUGGGAACAAAAGCUCCCCCUACUUUCAUGUAUUUGCAAUGCCGAUUUCCCCCAGGCAGCUUGAUUUGAUGUCUCUGUUAGGGAACCGCCGCAUGUGUCGUCUACUCGCAAAAGAGAAUCUGCUCUCAUAAGAGUGGCUGAACAAUGAACACCGCGUUUCAUGGACUCUAUAGAGAACAGACGCUAUUUGCGCCGCUCCUCCUAGAACACGGACGCAUCGCGGUUUUGAGCUAUAACGCUUAUAGCGGCGUUAACUCACUUCGCUAGGAUUUUUGAAGGGAAUAUUUUUCGGCUCACUAGGCAAUUUCCUAGUCUAACUAGUUCCUAGACUUCUUGUUAAGGGACGUUUAUUCAAUAUAUUCGCACCUAGCCUCCACAUCGAGAGUCCGUUCGCUAUCCGCAACCUACGACGCGUUCGAUUUCUUGGAGCUAGACUGGGAACAGAAUUAGACUCGUACCGAUCAAUGUGAAUGCCAUAUUGAACAACGUGAGAACUAUUACGACACUCGAAAUGUAUGGAGGUCCCUUUAAUAUAUGUACAUCUCAAGGAGACCUGUUCGCAGCAAUCACGAAAAGAAGAAAAUAGAACACAUCCAUGUUCAGAACUUCGAUAUUCAAUUAAUUUUAGAAUGUUGGUUUUCAGCUGCGCAAAUGUUUGAAAAAUUUGAAAACACACCCUUGGGAAUCAUCAAAUUGCCUAUCUGGAUCGCAUUAUUGUCGCAUUGACCAAAAACAGGUAUCGAUUAUCCGAACAUAUCUACAUGUGUGCAAACAUUAGUUCCGUUAUCGAUUUGCAUCAUACAUCAUUAUCCGGAC